AUGGUAUGGAAAUUUUCAACAUUUUUCAACUUUUUUGGUGAAUUUCGCGCAUUUUGUGAUAAAGAUAAAGGUGCUAAGAGAGAAUUCAAGUCUUUUGCAACUCCCGCCGUCGUUCCCGUUGGAAAAGUAGACGGAGGAAGUGGAAAACUACGCCCAGAUCCACGGAACGAAACGAUCAAAGAAGACGAGGCAGAAUCUACGAAAAGGAUUUACUCUUCUCUUUUCCUAAAAGGAUCAUUCUACAAGAUCCGGUUCAUACAAUCAACUACGGGGAAAUCUUUGGCCUCGAUCCGCUUGGAGCACACAGCAACAAGAGCACUUGCAAUUAAAAUUGCGGAUAACAGAUACCAAAGAAUUACUUCGAUUUGCUGGAUGUAGAGAAAGGGUACCAGGUUGACCAAGUGGCAUUAAAAAAGAAGUAUAGGAAUAUUCAAAACCAAAUUCAUCCGGACAAAUUUGCGCAACAAUCGCUAGAAGAGAAGCAGUUGGCUC